AUGGAGGUAAAGAGUACUUUGGAAGUCGCUUUUGAAUGGUUCUGUGAGUGUGGGGCCUUUGAACAGCUCAGAAAACAAAGUAAAUGUUACUCUGCAGAUUCCACGGAAAAGACUGUUUACAGAUUUGUGUUUAAAAUGGAUCUUAUGGAUUUGCUUGACUUCAAUGCUACACUAGGAAAUUUGGCUAUAGUGGAGCCUUUGAACGCCAUAAAUGUUUUUCAAGAGACUGAUCUACCUUCAGUUGCUAAAUGGACAGUGAAAGCUAAUUUUGAUAAGUUUCAACUCAGGUCUAUAAGCAGUUGGAAUCUGGCUGGUAAUGGUCAGCCUAAUCUCAUGAAGAUAUGUGGUAUCAUAAGUGGAAUUACAGCUGUUACUCAGUACACCCAAAGUGCAAGAUUCUACUGUCCUCAUUCUGAUUGUCUUGGUUCUGCGAAAUAUUGUUACAUCAGAGUUCAUAUGGCUGGAAAAACAGAAAAUGUCACUGUAAGGAGUGAUUUUGUGUGUAGAUACUGUGGAUGCUCUCUACUUGAAGAUGUUACUUGCCGUACUUUAGCAGAUAAAUGCAUUGUUCAAGUCAUAUCACCAUUAACAGUAGACAGGAAACUUUGGAUCAAUACUGGGUGUGGAAAAUUUUACCAAACCAUCCCAAUCUAUGUCCGAGAUGAACUCAUCAGGGAGGUUCAGAUUGGCUGUUACUGUUCAUUUGUUCUUUUACCCUCAUGUGAAAUUCAUAGUUCUUCUUUGCAACUUCAUUGUACUCCAGUGUUUGAGGCAAACAACAUAGAGAAGAUGAGUUCUAGUCCUUUCUUGAAUCUGCUACCCUCCGGUUUGCCAAAUAGAAUAGAAAUGCUUCAUAAAGCAUCUGUGACACCACCUGGAACAUUCUUUCAUCUAAAAAUGUUCUUGCUCAUGUCCCUACUGCUUCUUCACUCUUCUGAUUGCCCUGAAGAUACUAAACAAGCAAAGUCAAGGCAUCUUCACCUGCUUGUUAUUGCUGAUGACCUUCUUAGGAUUCAAAGGCUAUUUCUUUACAUGGCAUCAUUUGCAAAGAGAAUGCUUGUUUAUUCCCCUCCAAGUGAUUUAUUUUCAUCCUGUUGCCGGGAUCCUUUUGGCUCAGGCACAUUUAUGAUUAAUGCUGGAUGUAUCUCUCUGGCAUCUGAUGGUGUUUGUCUGAUUCCUAAUGCAGCUGUCUUAAAGAAAGAUGAAAAGGAUAAGCUUCAAUGUGCUUUAGAGAAUGGAUGUAUGGCAGUGAAGGUACCAGAAAAAUUUGGGCCUUAUCAAGGUCGCCAGGUCACCAUGCCACUAACCAGUAGUGUUUGGGUGUGUUCUGAACCAUCACAGAAAUCCAGUCAUCAUGCAGUCCCUGAUGAUGAUCCUGUGUUAAACAUGGGUCUCUCAGUAAAGGAAUGUUCAACUUUGCCAAGGGUCUUUGUAGAUCAGUUUUCAUUAGUGUUUAACUUGAGUGGAUCAGCGGAGCAGUUUGAAAACUCUGAUGAGUCAGUGUGCGAAGAAGUGUUAAGGAAAGCCUUAGAUCAUGAAGAGGAUGAAGAUGUCAUGUUCAUUAGUGACGAGGAAAUGAGCCAGUUCCUUCACCACGCUGGGCAAAAACACGUUAGCCUCACAGUGGCAGCAAAGGAUCUUAUUCAAGGGUAUUAUUUGGCAAGUAGGCGAACCAAAAACUCUCUUUCAACGGUUGGCGCAGACUUUCCUUCUUCUGCUUUACAACAUCUGACCAGUUUGGCCAUUGCUCAUGCCAAGUUAUCACUUCGUUCAGAGGUUUCAGAAGAGGACGCCGUGAUGGCCAUUGUCCUGUACGAGGACUCUAUAAAAUGGAAAUACGGUUAUUCGGGUCUCGGGCCAGUGGAUCCUCCUUCUCCCAGCUCGGAUGGCGCUGAAUUUUUUGGUCCAAAGAAUGAUAUCAGGAUGGAGCAAAUUCAAGAAAGAAUUCGGCGAUUUUGCUCUACUUUCAAAGAUGGUCACUAUUCUCCAUUCAAAGUGUUUGUGCACGAGGAGUGA